ACCACCCUACUACGACCCGCGGGCAACACAUUCGUUUGCGAGUCGCUCAAAACUUAUUUUUUAAAACACUAUUAUUAUUAUUUCGUCAUCGGGCCAAUCGCAAGUGAACCGUACGGGAUUUUCGUUUUUUUUAAAAAUAAUAUUUUCGCACCAUUACCUAAAAAUCGCCGGACAGUUGUAGUAUAUUUAUAUCUGGUACCUACCUACUUUUACACAAAAUAUAACUACACGAUAUUAUAAUAUUAUUUCCGCGGGCGACGCGAUACGCUGGAAAAAAAUCAAUAACACUGCGCUACGUAACAUGGUGAGCAGUGGCUGCAGUGGCAGUGCCGGUGGCAACGGCAACGGUAACAACAACAACAACAACAACAACAACAACGUCGACGACAUAAACGUCAACAACAACAACAACAACAACGACGACGGCAUGCACGACGGGUGUUCGGCCGAUUCGCUGGACGUGCACAGCUCCGAGGACCAACGGUACAAGCCUCUGCUGGAGGCCAUCAAGACCGGCGACUACGACGGGUUCGAGUUCGCCGUGGACAAGUGUGGUGGCGAGGCGCUCAGUUUCCGGGACGAAUGGGGCUACACGCCUGCCCAUUGGGCCGCGCUCUACGGCAACGCCGAGGUGCUCAGGUACCUGGUGGCCAGGGGCGUGACCGUGGACAUGUCGUGUUACGGGAUCCAAGGUUCCAAGCCGGUGCACUGGGCAUGCCGCAAAGGUCACACGGCCGCCGUCCAAGUGCUGUUGCAGGCCGGAGUGAACCCAAACGUAUCGGACUUCAAAGGCCUCACACCCUUGAUGACCGCUAGCAUGUUUGGGAAAACGUCCACGGCGAGUUUUUUGUUGGGCAUGGGUGCUCUGCACCAUCUAACCGACAUAAAUGGUGACACAGCAUUACACUGGGCCUCCUACAAAGGUCACCCAGAAUUGAUAAGGUUGCUGUUGUACUCUGGAGCUGACCUGACGAAAGCUGACAAUUUUGGGUCCACGCCGUUGCACUUGGCGGCCCUUUCCGGAAGUGCGAAAUGUGUUGAAAUACUUUGUCAGAAUAGUCAAAUAUCGUUACAACCCAGGGACAAAAAUGGCAAAACGCCGUUGGGCCUGGCCGUGAACCACAGGUACGAGGACAUCGCUGGGCUGCUGAACAGAGAGAUCAAGAAGAGAAAGAAAUGGAUGGUGCCUCUCCACAAAGCGUUAAAUGCAAUUUUUGGAAGUUCAGCCUAUUCAAAAGGGCCUUUGCUGCUAUUUCUAUGUUCCUUCUUGAUUUGGUGGUAUCCUCUUUACAUAUAUAGAGUAGUACCUGCUACGUGGAACUUAACGAGAGGUUGCCACUACACUUAUCUAGCCUGGAAUAUUUUCAUGUGGAUAUGUUGGAUUACUACGAAACAUUCAGAUCCUGGAUUCUUACCAAUCGACUCAGGGAGUUACAUUCAAACCAUUAGACAAUUACCGUUUUAUCCGUGUGAUAUGGGUACCAAAAGAGAUAUUCUGUCAAGACUUUGUCAUACGUGUCGUUGCGUUAGACCUUUGAGAGCUAAACAUUGCAGAUUGUGUAACAGAUGCGUCCAACAUUUUGACCAUCAUUGUCAAUUUGUUAUCAAUUGCAUCGGACUCAGCAACAGGUCAUGGUUCUUCUGGUUUGUCAUCAGCCUAGCAAUGAACUGUUCGUACGUGAUUUACUUGGUGUGCUGCACGAUCAACGUAGACGGGUUUAACGUUUUUUACGUCUUGGCACUUUUGCAAGCGUUCGCUUUUGGUGUUCUGAGCUGGGCGUUGACUGCGACGAUCUGUAUCAACGCAUUGAUGAAUUUGACCAGAAACGAGAUGAUCAACCAUAAAAAGUACACGUACCUAAAAAACAGCAGAGGCAAAUACUACAACCCAUUCUCCAGAGGCAUCGUAAUCAACGUUCUGGAGUUCUUCGGGUGCACGCAAAACAGGAAUAACUACGAGGGCGAUAUAUAUAAUUGCAGUUACGAUUGAGGGGGUAACGAAAUAUACAAAUGAAAAAAUGUAGGUACCUAUACAAUUUACCUACGUAAACUGCCAUCACUAAGUGAUUACCGAUCCCUGUGUAAUUACGAAGGAACGAAUGAAAGUGUGUCUUCGUAAUAAUAUUAAUAAGACCGGAUCAUUUUCAAAAUAUUAUUCUGUCUCUUAAUUUUCUGCACGUUUAUUUUUUUUAUGAAAUAACCAUCUUUAAUCGUAAUAUUUCAAUAAUACUAUAUAAGGUAAUAUUUAAACGAGAGUAUAUUAUUAUGCAGAUAUUUUUACUUCAGACUUCAGUUUAUUCAAAAUAAAGACUACCUAGGCAUAAUAGUAUGUUAUUAUUGUUAUUCAAAUAUUUAUUUUGCUACGUCAGAUCACUUAACGUGAGUAUUUUUCACACAGAUUUCGCAUAAAUAAUAAUACUAUUUAGCGCGCGUGUUAUGCAUCUCAAUCGAGCGUAAUAUCAUCAAAUUAACAUAAUAUUGUGAAGUACUGAAAAAAACUUCUAGAAUACCGAUGAAAGGAUGCGGCGAUUAUGACGAUGAUGAUGAUGAGUUUGGGCUAAGCCUAUACCUGUUUUACUUUUUCAAACCAAAAAUAGGAGACAGCCUGUUUGGUCAUUCAAACACUGUAAUAGACUCUUUGCUUACUUUCUACUGGGUAACAGCUGUUGUGCACAAUAAAAUAUAUAGCCAUUUGCAUACAAUAAGACGUGCGUUCGCUGUAUGUAUAGACUCGCGUAUUUUUUCCCAGCAUUUACGUUCAUGUACAAUAGGAAAAGAAAGAAAGAGAAAAACAUUUUUGCAAAACAAAACUCACUUCUUGUGCGAUUUGUAUUUAUAUUUUUUUAUCUAUAAAUAUUAAAUAUAUAUUAUAUUAUAUAUAAAUAUAUUUGUUUAUUACUAUUAUUAUUCAUUUUGUUUUAUUAUUAUUAUAAUUAAUUAUUUUUAUGAUUUCUACAUAGUAUAUAUAAAAAAAAAAUCACAAACGCUGAUUUGUACGUAUAUUAGUAACAUAUUAGUAUAAUUUAAUAAUUAUUUAUUUAAACAUAUAAAAUAAAUUAAUAUUUGCUCAACAUUGAGCACGCUUGCGUGGCACAUUUUUACAAGAAUUUCUAAAAUAAUACUAUAAAAUAAUAAUUGUAAUUUACUAUGGCAAACACUUGCCGAUUGUAGACAAUGGAGUAUAGAUUUAUUGGCUGUGGUACACAAUGGCUAAAAUAAUCACCCGCAGUUGUGCAAUCUGUGAGAUUCGUACCUAUUACAUUCACGGGUUUCAACAUUGGUGAUUCUAUUGUUUCAAGUCCACUCAGACUGGACGAGAAUGGUUUUGGCAAUGUAUCAUUAAAGAGGAAAAAAAAUAAGUACAUUAGCUCGGAUGGAUAAUAGUAUUCAGGGGUACCAAAUAAUAUUAUGAUAAUAUACCUGCGUGAUAAUUCUGACCAGGCGACGCUGAUCUAUUAUAGUUGUAUACAAAUGUAGCCUCGGUAAACGGAUAUUAAAAUACAUAUCGAUCGUUAAAUUAAUAAAUAAAAUUAAAGUUAUACUCAUUUUGACUAGCUGUACACACAUUAUCGAGAUUGAGGCAUAGUUAUAAAAAGAGACUUAAAUUAAUAACCCGCAUUAUUAACGUGCAUUUAGGUUGAUGAAAACAUAUACAUUUAUAAUGCAUUAAAAGGUACUGCAACGUUCCAGUGGUGUGCUUGAAAAUCAUUCAGGUGGUACACAAUACGAAUAUGUUCUAAUCAAUACAUUUAUUGAUAUACAUUUAAAAAAAAAAUAAGAAUAUUGUUCCAAUUUUUUUUAAACUCUAUAAAA